GGGAUCCAACCAUCCUCGAUUCAGGGGCUCUACAGGAUCUGAUUGAUCCAGAAGAUCCACAGCCUGGUUCAUCUGACCCUGAUCGAGAUCCAGAUGCUUCAAGAGGAAACCUGUUGUAGGAGCAUCUAGCUUUGUGCCAGCGGGUCUGCAGGAUCCAGCUGAUCCUCUUCCAGUCCCGUCUGGCCUUGAGCCAGCAGCUCCAAGAUUUCCAGGUGCUUCCAAGCAUAGACGAAUUGGAGAUCGAUCCCGUUUCAGAGCAGCCUGUUUCACCGAUCCAACCCCUGUUCCCUUUGAUGAAAUGUAUGAAGUGGGAAGAAAGAUUGGAGAAGGAGGCUUCGGCACUGUGUACGAGGGGAUUUCCAAAUUUCUGCAUGAGCAGGUCGCCAUCAAAAUCAUCCCUAAGAGAGAUGGAGACCGGUUUAUUGAAAUUCUUGGCUGUUCCAAGCCGCUGUUAGCAGAAGUGGCUCUAAACCUGCUGCUGAAACGACCUCCGUUAAGCCCCUACAUUGUGCACAUGCUGGAAUGGUUCGAAGAGGACGGUCGGUUCAUCCUGAUCCUGGAGUAUCUGCAACCCUGCAAAGACUUGCUCAAGCUCAUGCUGAACAACAUGCAGCUACUGGAUGAAUCACAGACACGUAGGCUGAUGUACCAAGCGGUGCUGGGAGCCAAGCACUGUCUUGACCGAGGCGUCUUCCACCGUGACAUUAAGUUGAAUAACUUUCUGAUCAACACAAAGACGAACCAAGUCAAACUGAUUGACUUUGGCUGCGGUGACCUCGUCACAAGUUCAGGCUACUUGGGUGCUUUUACAGGCGAGCUGACAUUUUGUGUCCUAAUGAGAUCUCAGUCUUCUGUGUAGUGUGAUGCUGGUGACUUUUGUAAAACGAAAUGUUUGUUUAACCUAAACAUCUCUUGCUUACAGGAGG